AUGUCCGCUCCAAGUGCUUCGCGCUGGUCCAAGACCAAGCAUGCCCUGACCUCCUGGUCGGCAUUCCACGAUGCCAUUCGCCUGAAAAGCGCGUCGUCGAUGCUUGCCAACGAGGACUUGUUGCCGUCUCCACCAGAGCGGCAGACGUGGACCGUGUGGAACUUUUUUGCCUAUUGGUGGAGCGAGUCCUGGGCCGUGUCGACCUGGAGUCUUGGGUCUUCUCUGAUUGCGCUGGGAGCGUCAGUCAGAGAUUCUCUGCUUGUGAUUCUGUUUGCCAAUAUUUUGUCUUCUGUGGUCAUUAUACUCAAUGGCCGUGCUGCCGCGCAGUAUCAUGUUGGCUAUCCGGUGCUCGCCCGCGUGACGUUUGGGAUUUUUGGCUCUUAUUUCUUUGUUGUGCUGCGAGCUAUUCUGGGAAUUAUCUGGGGCGGCGUACAGCUGUACUUUGAGGGCCAGUUCAUCUCCAUCUGCCUGCGGUGCAUAUUUCCGAGCUGGACGAGUAUUCCCAACAAGAUCCCUGCCAGCCAAGAAAUCACAACCCAGGUCAUGGUUGCCUUUUUCCUCGCCUUCGUCUUCACCCUGCCCCUAAUGAUGAUCCACACGUCCAAAAUCCGACACCUCUUCACUUUGAAAGCCGUGAUAUUCCCACUCGCCGCGCUCGGCGUAGUAUGCUGGGCAACCACAUCCAACGGCGGCGUCUCCUCAGACACACUCGUCGACGAAUCCCUACGCUCGUCGUCACGCACCGUGUUCGCAUGGGGCAUUGUCUCGCAAUUCAACUCGGUCAUGGGCGCUAAUUCCGCUUUACUCGUCACCGUCCCCGAUCUGGCGCGCUACUCCAAGACCAAAAACGCGCAGCUAUAUGGCCAGUUGCUCGGCCUGCCCAUCGCGCAGACUAUUUGUGCUGCGUUUGGGGUUAUUACUACCUCGGCCGUGCACAACAUGUACGGCCAGUUAUACUGGAAUCCGUAUGAUUUGCUGAAUUCAGUGUUGGAUCAUUCGUAUACGUCCAAAUCCCGCGCUGGCAUCUUUUUUGCAGCGGCGGCGUUUGCGUUUGCGACGAUGGGGACGUCGGUGGCGUGUAAUAUUGUCCCCUUUGCGGCAGAUGUGACGUGUUUGGCGCCAAAGUAUGUGAAUAUCAUUCGGGGACAGUUUAUUUGUUUGAUUGUUGCCUUUGCUAUUGUUCCUUGGCGCAUCGUCUCCUCUGCCAACGGGUUCCUCAGCUUCCUCGGCGGAUACUCCAUCUUCCAAGGCUCCGUUGUCUCCAUCAUGACCGUCGACUACUUUUUUGUGCGCAAUGGUAAUCUGUAUCUUCACGAUAUGUUUACUACGUCCCCACUAGGUCGGUAUUUUUAUACUCGUGGCGUCAAUUUGCGUGGCAUUGCCGCUUUUGUGAUUGGGUUCGUACUGCCACUACCCGGUUUCAUCGGCAGUUUUGGAACGACAACUGUAAGUGCGGCGGCGACGCAUAUGUUUGAGCUUGGAUGGCUCUUGAGUUAUGUUGUUGGCGGGACGUCGUAUGCUGUUAUAUGUUUUGUGACGGCGAGGAAAGUUUUGGGAGGAAAUAAGGGGGAAGUGUUUGAAGGGAAUGUGCCCAGGGUUAUUGAUACGGGGCUGGCGCAUGAUAGACUGGUGGUGGAUGGGAUGGAGAUUGUGGUUGGGGUGCCAGCCAUGGAGCAUGAGCAUGAGCAUGAGUUUGGACAGAGUGUGUCUGUGGCCAAGGUCUAA